AUGGACAUCAUGGCACACCAGCGGAGAUUGGCAGACGAAAAGGCGAGGAGCGAAAAGUUCUCGACCACGGCAGGAUUCGAACCUGCAAUCUUCUGCUCCGUAGGCAGACGCGUUAUCCAUUGCGCCACGCGGCCUACUGUGGAUGGAUAUCAUGGCACACCAGCGGUGAUUGGCAGACGAAAAGGCGUGGAGCGAAAAGUUCUCGACCACGGCAGGAUUCGAACCUGCAAUCUUCUGCUCCGUAGGCAGACGCGUUAUCCAUUGCGCCACGCGGCCUACUGUGGAUGGAUAUCGUGGCACACCAACGGUGAUUGGCAGACGAAAAGGCGAGGAGCGAAAAGUUCUCGACCACGGCAGGAUUCGAACCUGCAAUCUUCUGCUCCGUAG